AUGGCGUCCGCAGUUUCCUCCACGAAUGGUGUGGUCACCGAUGAAGAAGAAUCUGAGAACCAACCACACUCUUCCUUGCUCACUUGUUCCUUUAACCAAGAUGGAGGCUGUUUGGCCAUUGGAACCACCACAGGCUUUUCUGUGCACAAUCUCCACCCUCAGUAUGCUGUCUCGGUCAGAAGGGAUCUCCAAGGAGGAAUUGGCCUAGUGGAAAUGCUAUUUCGAUGUAAUCUCAUGGCCCUGGUGGGUGGAGGCCCCUCCCCUCAAGCUCCUCCUCAUCGUGUGGUACGUGUAUCUCCUCUCUUUUUUUGGACUGACAGUGUUGAGGUCGCUUCGGGCAGCUUCCGUUUGUUUUUCGGUUCGGGCUUCGACGUCAUGUACGUGAUCGACCUCCAAUCAGUCACGAGAGGAGAGAAGGCCUCAGGGCAUCAUCUGGCGAUGAUGACCGCCUUCAUGACCUCCCCAAAGUAA